AUGAGGACUCAUUGGCAAUAUCUCUAUCUUUCUCUCUUCGUGGGAUCAUCCCUUGCAGCCCGAGGAGGCCACUGUCCACCUCUCGGCCCCGUCCUCCCCCCUCCUCUCCAUCCCAGCACCCACCCCUCCGUCAAAUCCGCCAUCAAAAACAUCCAAGACCUCUUUGUCUCAGCAACAUCCGAACUCGUCAACUCUUCAGUGGCAGUAGCUAUCAAGUCUGCUAGCGAAGAUGACUACAUGUUCGAAUUUGCCAGCACGCCUCCCAACGUCGACCCUCGCGGAGUCGACAAGGUAGACUCUGACACUGUCUUUCGCAUGGCGAGUUUGUCAAAGGUGUUUCCUGUCGUUGCGCUGUUGAAACUGCAUAAGGUCAACUUUGAUGAUCGUGUUACCAAGUAUUUACCUGAGCUUAGAGCUUUGAAUAAAGAGGCGAGGAAGAAUGAUGCUGUUUGGGCUGUGGAUUGGGAUGAGAUUACUGUUGGAGCUUUGGCUUCGCAUCUUGGUGGGAUACCAGCAGAUUUACUGGCCGACGUCCAACCUUAUGGAGACUGGACACAGCUCGGCUUCCCUCCAGUUGACCCAUCCAGAAGUCUCAACUGUUCAGGACUUCUUGGUCUUAAAGAAUGCUCGAAGAAAGACUUCUUUGAUCGGUUUGGUGAAAGACCUCCCGUCUAUGCCCCCUUUGAAGCAAACACCGUCUACUCAAACAUCGGGUUUUCUGUCAUGGGGUGGAUCAUCGAAAAGGUCAGCGGCAUGCCCUCUGGGGAGUACAUCAAGAAACAUAUAUGGGACCCUGUUGGUAUGAAGCACACAUCUGAGGAAACGCCUGAUGACCCUUUGGGGUUUAUCCCUCCUGGUGAUGAGUGGUGGAACGCAACUCUUGGUUACGGAAACCCUGCUGGGGUGUAUUACUCGUCCUUGAACGACAUAAUGGCUUUUGGAGAUGCUAUUCUACGCUACGAGCUAUUGAGCCCCGAACAGACUAGAAAGUGGAUGAAGCCAGCUACCAGCACUUCCUCAACAGGUAUCCUCAUCGGUGAACCAUGGGAAAUAUUCCGCUCCAACAACGUCACCAAAGACGGUCGCCUUAUCGAAUUCUACACCAAAGCGGGAGAUAUCACUACCUACCACUCCCUUAUGGUGCUAAUUCCCGACUACAACUUGACCAUCAGUCUCUUCGACGCCGGUCCAGGUGAGGUUGGCGGCGGCGAGCUCCAACUCUGGUUUUCGAACAUUGUCCAGGAACUUCUCCCUGCUAUCGAACAAGCCGGUAAAGAUGAAGCAGAGGAGAAGUACGCUGGUACAUACUCCGACACCAAGACUAAUUCGUCUCUGACUCUCUCCGUUGAUGACGAGUCUGGGUUCAGUAUCACGAACUGGACAGUCCGUGGUGUUGAUAUCGCGGCCACAUAUGCCAGCUUUGGUAUCCCCCCACAAUUCCCCACACCUGAAGGACUUGUUCGAUUCCGUUUGUAUCCCACCAGUCUCAAGAGUGAUACCGAGACUUCAUGGCGGAUGAUGUUUACGCAAGGUACAGCAGAGGAGAUUGCUGCGAAAGACGCUUUGUUUGCCUGGCCUGAAGCAAACUGCAACACUUGGGCUUCUUUGGAUCGAAUUGUGUACCAGCUCUUGUCGCAUGAUCACUUUGUGUUUACAGAGAGUGGGGAGGGAAGUAAGAGACGGGCUGAGAAACUUGAACUUGUGGGAUAUAGAGUUAGUCUGAAGCGAGAAGAUUAA